UGUCAUGACUUAGGACACCACCAUUUUCCAAUCACCGCCAUGUUGGCUGUAGCGCCACGGCAUCCCGUUUCGCUGCAGUUCAUCAGUGGCGCUGUCGAGGUCUUCAAUGUGACCAGCUGGUGUCGGGUCUACGAGUUGAAGCAACGGGUGAAGGAUGCAUGGAGCUGGGCUGAUCAGUUGGAAAAGGACCCGACUACGGUGAUUUUCAUGGCAAAUGGUCAGGAACUGAAGGAUGAGGAGAAGAUCCUGGAACGGAGCCUUGAGACAAUGGACUCCAACAUUUCGGUGUAUUUCAGCCUCCACCAGGCAGAAUGUGGGAGUCACUCAGAGGCCGCUGAGCUGGGCUUGCAGCUAGAGUCCAUCCAAGUGCUGCGAAUUCCUCAGCUGACGGCCAUUGAGAGUAAGGCCUUUGCUGGUAGCGGCUGUGCGGUGGUGAAGCUGGUGAUACCUGACUCGGUGAAGAUCAUUGGUCCAAACGCCUUCAGAAAUUGUGACCGCUUAGAAGCUGUGAAGUUGCCAGAGUCCCUGAUGGAAAUCGGUUCGGGUGCCUUUAGAGGCUGCAAGUCGCUGAAAAGGAUUGUGAUCCCAGAGUCCGUCACAGUCAUUGAAGCCGAAACUUUCUAUGGUUGUGAAGCCUUGAGGGAGGUGAUCUUGCCGCAAUUUUGCCAAAGCAUCGGGAGAUUUGCCUUUGAAGAUUGCAAGCAGUUGGUUGGGAUCGACAUCCCUGACACGGUGACCUUCAUUGGACCGGCGGCGUUUCGAGCUUGUCCUUUGAGGAGCCUCAAGAUCCCCAAGAAUGUGACGGAAAUUGAGUGCUGCCUGUGUCAAGAUUGCUGUUCAUUGGAAAGAGUGGAUUUCCCGGAGACCUUAACUGCGAUUGGAGCUGCAUCUUUUGAGGAUUGUUCAUCCCUAAAACGCGUGCAGAUUCCUUCCUGGGUGACUCGAAUUGAUGACUGCGCCUUCGAAGGCACUGCUAUCGAAAGUGUCUUCGUGCCCCGCUGGGCUGUCCUAGAUCAUCCCUUUCCAGCUAAGACCAGCAUUUUCAUCAGCCAGGCGGAAAAAGCUUGGUUAGGGUAGAGUUCAUCGGCAAUGAUUACUGUAUGGAUGCCUGCUGUUUUCAGUGAGGUUUUUUUCACCUCCUGAAGGGCGGUUUUUUCCUCACUGGCAGCAGUUCUGAAAAACCAUCAGGUCUGGAUGUCAUGUCCACAAAGCCCGCCCUGAGAAGUUGGAGUUGAGCACCCGCGAGGAAAAUCCUGUUGUUUCCUCAGGGAUUCCAGGCUACGCCGGCUACGUGAAAGUGCCUGCCAACAAUUGGCAGCUGAGUAGUCAGCGCUACACAUC